UCAUCUAAAGGCGCCAAACACAACCUUUGCUAGCCGUGUCAGAGCCUCUUUUAGUGUUUCGCUUUCAGCAGUAGUCAUGCAGAGGGCUACAGACUGCGCUUUGAAACAUGGCUUUGUCCGAGUUUUGUAUUCGAUAAACGUAGGAAACGUCCCCGCUGUCAUAAACAGAGUAAACAGCUCCAUGUUGUGCAGAAAAUACACGGUUCUUCCACCACCCCGGGACAAGGAAGAAAAAGCCAUGUUGGACAGCAUGUUGCGGGUGGACCAUGCGGGAGAAUAUGGAGCCAAUCGCAUCUAUGCUGGACAGAUGGCUGUUCUGGGAAGAACCCAGUCAGGCCCUCUUAUACAGAAUAUGUGGGACCAAGAAAAAACGCAUUUGCAGAAGUUCAACGAGAUCUUGGGGGAGAACAGGGUGAGGCCGACGGUGAUGCUACCUCUGUGGAACAUUGCAGGGUUUUUACUUGGGGCCUCCACAGCUCUUCUGGGUAAGGAAGGGGCGAUGGCCUGCACUGUGGCAGUGGAGGAGAGCAUUUCAGAACACUACAACAGCCAAAUCAGAGCACUAAUGGAAGCAGACCCAGAUAGAUAUACCGAGUUGUUACAGCUGAUUAAAGAGUUUCGUGACGAUGAGAUGGAGCAUCAUGAUACUGGUCUGGAACACGACGCCGAAUCAGUACCUGGCUAUAUAAUUCUGAAGACUCUAAUACAGGCUGGCUGCAAGGCAGCUAUUUAUAUCUCUCAGCGUAUUUAGAGACAAAUCUCAGUGUUUUUUCUUUGUUUAAAUAAUAUGUACAGUAUUAUUUUGUUUCUGUUUUAAAGUGUAAUAUGAGAUGUUGAGACUGAGAGAUGUUGCACUUCCUUGACUGAUUGUGGUAAUAUAGUCAUGAUAAAUUGGUCCAAACCAGAAUUUGCCAUGUCAAAUGAAACAUCUACAAAAGAGAAAAAAAAUCAUUUGUUUUCUUUGGUGGUGUCUUGUUUUGUAAUAUUUAUGCAUGUUUUUUUGGACUGUGUUCAGCCAGAAGGAUGGACCCAACAGAGAAAAUUUGGCAGUUCAUUAAAUAAAACUCUCCAUAUUCAAACUAACUGGAGAAACUAUCUGUCUAACUACCUUUUCUGUGGAAAAUGAGCCACCUGGUGGUUAACAUAUGUAAUACUUCUGAUUUUCUCUGAACAAGCAACCUGUCUGUCUGUUUUUCUGUAUGAUUUUUAAUACAGCUUCUUUUUUCACCACU